AAAUUGUUAGUUCAUUAAUCUUUGGCUUAUUGUACAUCACAACUAUUCCAACCCUUCCAAACAUCUCUACAUCGCCAUCGUCAAUAUGCCAGGCUGGUACGAGAAGAAAUACGCCGCAACCCUCCCCGGUUGUAAAUUGUUCAGAUUUGACCGGACGGAAUCAUCCAACAUCGAUCUGAGAAAGUUAAGGAGAGUUUUGGGGUCAACGUUUACCACUACAAGAACUAGGAUCUCGUCGAGGAACUUUCAACUCGAGUAUGAAGCGCCUCGAGAGUUGACUGUGGAAGAAUUGCAGCCGAUCUGGAUCCUUCCGAUGUAUUGGGAUACGGUGGAUGAACAGUGGAAGAGAGGAACUGGGAGGGACAAUUUCUGGGAUACCACCUAAAAGGAAAGAACUUCAAGGGAAGGAAAAGGGAAAAAAAGUCCAACAAUAGUGGCUGCGGAGCUCCAACCAAAGCAUCCCCCGAAGCCCGCCACAUCCCCCAGAGCCCGCGCGAAACCUUUCUUCAAUGGUAAAGGGAUAUUCUGUGGUGCGAUAGUUCUUCUCGUCAACUUCAUCAUCCGCGCACGCGAAGGCAAAGGAUGAGAGACUUCCACGUGGUCCACCAUCCAAUACCACAGACAUAGUCCAUGCAAUCAAUGAUAGUGCUACUUCCCCCUGCA